UCAGUCGGGGGCGCGAUGGGCUCCCAGCAAGAAGGAACCGGGAGCGGGCGGAGGAGGGAGGCCGGUCCCGCUGCCGGCCUUUCCUGCCCGCCGUGGCGGUUCACCUGGGAGGAGAUUGGGCUGUGCACUGGCCAGAGAGACCCGCCACGGGAGCGCUGGCUGGUGAUUGACAGGAAAGUCUAUGACAUCAGCCAGUUCUACAGGAGGCACCCAGGGGGCUCCCGGGUCAUCUGCUGCUACGCAGGGCAGGACGCCACGGAUCCUUUCACAGCAUUUCAUGUUGACAAGACUCUAGUAAGGAAGCAUAUGGCACCACUUUUGAUUGGGGAAUUGGCACCUGAUCAGCCCAGCUUUGAACCUAGCAAAAAUAAAUUGUUAGUAGAAGAUUUUCGGGAGUUGCUGUCCACUGUUAAAAAGAUGGGACUCUUCAAGCCAGACCAAGUCUUCUUUUUCCUGACCCUUCUGCAUAUUUUACUGCUGGAUGCUGCUGGCUGGUUUGUUUUGUGGUAUUUUGGGACAUCUGUAAUGCCUUUUCUUCUUGCCACAGUGUUGCUGACCUUUGCUCAGUCUCAAGCAGGUUGGCUGCAACAUGAUUUGGGACAUCUUUCGGUCUUCAGCAGUCCAAAAUGGAACCAUCUUCUUCACGAAUUUGUGAUGUGCCAUCUAAAGGGCCUUUCAGCUAAUUGGUGGUCUUUGCACCAUUCCCAGCAUCAUGUGAAACCCAACUGUUUCCAGAAGGACCCAGAUAUUUCAUUUCAUCCCACCGCUUUUUCGUUAGGGGAACCUCUCUCUUUGGAGCUGGGUUUGCAGAAGAAGAAAUACAUGCCUUAUAACUACCAGCACAAGUAUUUUUUCUUCACAUUGCCACUAAUUGUAACCCUAGUUUUUCAAGCUUACUCAUUCUACUUUAUACUCCAACGCAAACUCUGGAGGGUGAGUAUACAAAUAAUCCAUACCAAAUAUUAA